UAGUCCAGAAGCUGCUUUAUUGCAAUAACUGAAAGGCAAAUCACAGAGUCACGUAGUGCUUCUCAGGGCAAAAUCUUCCAGUUUCUACCCUGGCACUGAAUUUUUGAGGUGCUGGCUGGCAUCAGGGUUUUCUGGAAAUAAACGUGCCAGGUACACUGUAACCCUCAUUCAGCAAAAUGGUGAAAAGUCCCGUAUGUGGAAAACAUUACUUUGUAUUGCCUAACUUUUGCUUGAGUCGCCCUUGCCUCGAAAAGCCUGUUGUUAUUCAACAAGGCUGGUGGUUGCAUCAGCGCCUGCAAGUAUUUCAGCUUGGUAAUGCUAGAUCAGACACUUAACACCAUCUGCUUUCUUCAGCCUCACUUUUCUCUCAUUUGCUGGAUUUUGUCCUUUAAUCCUUUCAAAAUGCUUACCUUCUCUGCAUUAAGAAUAAUCUGAUAUUGUCUUUAAAAGCUGGCCAUGGAAACAAGACAAAUUUAACUCUCUGUUUCCCCUAGUAAUAGCUCUCAUUUGCUACGGAGGAAUUAGUUACUGAGAGGUUAGAAAAAAACAACAACCACGAAACCAAGCUCCCAUCUGCCCUAGGUCACAUGAACAUAGCCUUUCAAUAGUUGCUGGAAAAUGUUUAACUUUCUUCUAGGACUUACUGUAAUGAGCUAAAUUAGAUUGAAAAAAGCUAUUAUCCUGAAUACAAAGGUGUAUGGAGAGACUAUAGUGACAAUCCUGCCUGGAAGGCCAAACUACUGUUGAAACAUACUGGCAUAAUUGCCCUGAAUUCUGAGAGUUUAGAAAAAGUCAGGUUGAAUAUUAUGGACAAUAUUUAAAAAACAUAGGGGUACCUCUUUAGAUUCCUGUGUUUUCAAGUCAUUAAAAACUUGCCUAGAUCUCCAGAAUCAAGAUCCACACACCAAGCACAGGUAACAUGCCAACUUUUGAAAAACUCCGCAAACAAACCACAUGAUUUUCUCUUUGUUCCUGUGGACAGUAUAUAAACAAGUCUAUUACUUAACAAACAGUUUUGUUUUGCCAGAUGGGACCCUAAAGGGAGUGAAAAAUCUUUUUUAGCAGUCAGACACCAUAUUUCUGAGCUACAGGAGGCAAAGUCCUUCUGAGAAUCUGGCUCUGUAAAUAACAUUAUAAUAUAUCCUAGCAUGGGAAAGACCAUCUUGACUAUUAAAUUACUGGAGCAUAACAGAACAAUGAAUAAUCUCGGCAUAAAUGCCCUAUGAUCAUCCCAUAUUGUAUUACUUCCUCCUUUUGAAAAGCUCAAUUUAGAGCGUAGCUUAUUUAAGCUUCUUCUGCCCAGUACCCAACCUCACCAGAGCAUCGCCGGCACAGACGAGGUGAGCAGCAAGAAACAGAAGCAAACCAGUGUUGCAAAUUGCAUCUUGCAACUCAGAGCAUGAUGCUUCUGUACCUUGGAAGACUGCACUAGGUAAGAGGUUUUCUGCAGCAUGGUUGAUAUUCAUGCCCUAAAUUGUGUUGGAUCAAGUGUAUCGUUACGUGCAUGGGUUUUAGUUGUCGUUUUGGCGCCCGACGGUCAAGUGCUCCUUCCAGGACACACCACUUCACAUUCAAGCACCAACUUUCCAAGUGACAGCCCCCCCAGAAAACGCGGGGUUUGCUCUGAGAAGCACCUUUAGGGGCCAGGAGGGCCCCAGACCCGUGUUUAGAUACCUGAACUGAGCCCACAACAUAGCCAGGUUGGUGGUGAUGUGCCUGACAGUAGCAAUGUAUUAAGACUUGUCUAGGAGCAGUCAGAAGACACCUGUCACAUAUCAGAACAAACUACAUGUUAUUAUUGGCAUUAUCAUCACUCAGAUGAAGGGUUUGCUGCCUUCUCUCAGCACGGGGAACACCAGCACUCCUAACAUCUCACCCUGAAAAAGGAUGCUGCUUCCAAGUCAGCCACUUAAAUGCACCCUGGGGCUUCUCCUUCGGCCUGCCUCUGGCAUCACUUUCAUGGCAGCGAUGUUCCACUGCUGUUCAUGGGAGCAACGCAAGUGAUUUGUUUCAGUAACAGAACUGGCACCCAGAGGACUGGCUCACUUGCAGUUUCCUCCGUAAAGAUGCACCAACUUGAAUUAAUGGUGAAGCCUGGAGAGGCAGUAGCUCUCUGCAGGGGCUGGGGCAGGACUGCCAGUAAUUUGUAUUAUUUACCAGUGGGGACAUGGCUGUAGAAGGGUUGAGGAGGCUUAAGGAUGCCUACAGUAUAAUUUGCCGUUGCUAGCCCCAUCAUAGGUGUCCCUCCACCUUGUGUUGGCAGGGCUGUUGCCCCAGGUCAAGCAAUAUCUUCAAGAAAUCACUCCCUGUAGCACUGUUGCCUGUCAGCUAAGUAAGCCCCUGUGCUGCUUCUGGAAGGAAAAGUGGAGAAAGAGAAAUAUAUCUUUAAGUGCAGGUAGUUUUUCUGCCAUAAGUAACAGAAACAUUACAAUAUACAGAUACCACAGCUGUUGCAAUUGAAAACAGGUAUUUUAACAUCAAAUGUGGUCAUGUGUUCUCUGGUAAAUCUCAGUAUUUCUCCAUUGCUGGCAGUGAUGACACUUACUUGCUAAUACAGUAAAUCUGCCAGCAUUUCCUGAUACAGUGAUUACACAGCUAGAAGACACCCCCUGUUAUUUGCUUUUAUUUCCUGGUAAAGAUUCCUCAGGAAAACUACAAAAAAAUAUAAAAAUUAAAGGAAUAAAUCCUUCUUGUGCAAAGGGAGUAGUUUGAAGGCAGAUCUUUGACAGCAGUGAAGAUUGUUUUCACCCUGCUAAACCAGGGAAAGGAGCUCCCUUGGGUGGGGGCGGGGAAGGGUAGAGUAAAUCAUCAAACAUUCUGUUCUGUCUUUUCAGACCUGAGACCAAACGUGGGUUUUAAAGGCCCCACCUGUGCAACAGCAAACUCUUCCUUUUGCUAAAAGUGCUAGUGAAAAGCCAUCAAACAGAACACACAGGUGCAGCACUCCUAACUGGAAGGGAAAACUCCCAGGCUAUCUAGCCCUUAAUCCUGCCAUGGCCACAAAAGCUAUGGGGUCUAAGAAAUACCUCCAGCUGCUCCUUUUUCAGGUCGCUCUUCUAGGGCCUGUCUUCUGUGGGAACAUGUUGGUCUGGCCAACAGAAGGCAGCCACUGGCUGAAUGUGAAGAUAAUUAUAGAGGAGCUCAUCCGCCGUGGGCACAGCAUUACCAUCCUGGUAUCCAACGCUUCCCUCUUCAUUAAACCCAGGGCUGAGGCCACUGAGAAUUUUGUGGUCUAUAACGUGCCCUUCAAGAAAGACACCAUUGAGAACCUGAUCGAGGACGUAGUGGCCCUGUGGCUGAAUAACAGGCCAACCACCCUGACCUUCUGGCAGUUUUACAAGGAGCUUGGAAAACUGUCCAAAAACUGGCACCAGAUGAAUAGGCUAAUGUGUGAUGCGGUGCUAACCAACCGAGAGCUGAUGGCACACCUGCAGGGCUCUGGCUAUGACCUGCUGCUGUCAGACCCUGUGACUCUCUGCGGGGACCUCCUGGCUCUUAAGCUGGCCAUUCCAUUCAUCUACUCGCUGCGCUUCUCCCCAGCCUCCACUGUGGAAAGGCACUGUGGCAAGAUCCCAGCUCCACCGUCCUACACACCUGCAGCCCUGUCUGAGCUCACCGACUGCAUGUCCUUUGGUGAGAGAAUAAAAAAUAUCGUGUCUUACCACCUGCAGGACUACGUUUUCCAGAGCUACUGGGGUGAAUGGGAUAUCUACUAUAGCAAGGUGGUGGUCUGGCCCACUGAUGCAAGUCACUGGAUCAAUGUGAAAGUGCUGCUGGAAGAGCUUGUUCUCCGGGGUCAUGAGGUGACAGUGCUGGUGCCCUCAAGCAACCUGCUCAUCGACUACCGAGACACCUCCUCCCCCUUCACCUUUGAGGUUCUGCAAGUCCCCUUUACCCAGGAGAGCCUGGAUGCUAUCAUGGAGGACUUCCUCAAUUUCUGGAUUAAUGAGAUCUCUAAUCUCACCCCCUGGGAGAUCAUGUGGAGGAUGAAAAAGGACCUGGAAGUCUUUACCAAUAUGUCAAAGCAGACCUGUGACACCUUGGUGACGAAGCCUCAGCUGAUAGCAAAGCUGUGGGAGGCCAAGUUUGACAUUCUGAUCGCUGACCCCCUGUGUGUAGGCGGGGAGCUCAUAGCAGAAAUCCUAGCAAUCCCUUUUGUCUACAGCUUCCGCUUCUCUGAUGGAAACGUGGUAGAGCGGCUGUGCGGUGGGCUCCUGUCCCCACCUUCUUAUGUGCCUGCUAGCACAAUGCGGCUGACAGACCAGAUGUCCUUCGUGGAAAGACUAAAGAACUUCCUCUUUUACUUUUACAUGGAUUUAUUUUUCUUGAAGUUUUGGCAAAAUGAAUGGGAUAGGUACUACAGCAAUGUCUUAGGAAGGCCCACAACCCUGUGUGAGACAAUGGGAAAAGCAGAGAUAUGGUUAAUCAGAACAUACUGGGAUUUUGAAUUUCCACGCCCUUUCCUGCCCAACUUUGAGUUUGUUGGAGGACUUCAUUGCCAGCCUGCAAAGCCGUUACCAAAGGUCCUCUGGCGGUACAAAGGAAAAAAACCAGAAACUCUGGGCUCCAACACCAGGAUAUAUGACUGGAUACCCCAAAAUGAUCUGCUUGGCCAUCCCUUGACGAAGGCCUUUAUUACUCAUGGUGGGACCAAUGGGAUCUAUGAAGCUAUCUACCAUGGGAUCCCGAUGAUUGGGAUUCCCAUGUUUGCCGACCAGCAUGACAACAUUGCUCACAUGAGGGCAAAGGGAGCUGCGACCGAGCUGGAUUUCAGCACACUGGAGACACAGGACCUAGUUGAUGCACUGAAUACAGUCAUUAACAAUUCCACCUAUAAGGAAAAUGCUCUAAGGUUAUCCAAGAUACACCAUGACCAGCCAGUUAAGCCUCUGGACAGAGCUGUCUUCUGGAUUGAAUUUGUCAUGCGACACAAAGGAGCAAAGCACCUGAGACCAGCUGCUCACCAUCUCACCUGGUACCAGUACCACUGCCUGGAUGUUCUGGCGUUCUUGUUCACCUGUACAGCCAUUGCUGUCUUCAUUCUUGUCAAAUGCUGCUUAUUUUGCUGUAGGAGAUGUGGCAGGAUUGCAAAGAGGAAGAAAGAAUAGACAUGCUGCUCCCAUCAGCGCUUUUUCUUCUCCUAGGCUGAUUCAGCAAAUCAUUUAUGCACAUUUCUUAGUGAACAAAAUUAUUAGAAUAUGCUUUAAGCUGGGCAUAUUGUGAAGCAUGCUGUUGAACCGGGUCAUGCUAAAAAGCUGUUGUGGGACACAGCUGCUUGCUUAGCUGGAAAAUUCCUUCUGGCCUAAAUGACACUGAAUUAUAGUUGAAUUAUAACAGGUCCCUUGGGUAUGUAUAAUGGUAAUUGCUGCUUUAACUUUUCAAAUUCAUUUUGGUGUAUUUCAUAAAUUCAGCCUUCCCA